AUUUCAGAUGAGCAAGGCCAGUCAUUUUGUAUUAAAUGAAGAACAAACUGUAAAACACAUUGAAAUUGUUGUGCGCUUUUAUAAUUUAGGAUCGUCUUUAAUGUUGGUUUAAGUGUAACUACUGAUGUAUUAGAUAAAUAUGAAGUUUAUAAAUACUUUAAUUAUCAUUUUUACACUUUCAAUAGGGUUAAAAGUGUUGGGGGCAGAUGUGCAGCCAAAGAACUGUAUUGAAGAACAAAUACUAGAUGUGCUAACAACAUGGCGGAAUGGUACAAAUUCAUCUUCAGUGCCUUCGAUACAAGCGAUAAGAAUAAACUCUUUAGAGGGUUUAUAUGAAGGCUUCGGCAUUAAAAUCAGAUAUAGUACAGGUGAUAUGAAAUUGAGUGGAGUGGACAACUUCUUCGUGGAACAACUGUCUGUAUCUGCAAAAGAUUUGGAAGCAUCAGCGACUGUUCGUUUUCCUGUGUUGACGUUAACAUCGGAUAACUAUAAUCUUAAAGGACAAGCGUACGUGUUUUACCCUCUGAAAGGAUCAGGAUUAAUGACAGCAAUUUUCCAAAAUAGCACAGUAUCACUCGGGACAAAAUUAGUUUCGAAUGACACGGUGUUUCAAAUUGAAGAUGUCAACUUAACCUUCAGCGUUGAAAAUAUUCAGAUUGAUUUGGAAAAGAGUUCGUGGCCGAUUAAUGCGGUGUUAAACAGUAACGCAAUGCAGAUACUAGAGAGGUAUCGCAGCGAAAUGGUUGCUGCAGCUAAAGAUAUGUUGAAGCAGACAAUCAACGAUCACCUAGCAACGACAAUAUCUCCACAACUAUUGAACGACGCUGCAGAUAACUUUUGUAAUCUCACGUUGUCUGCUAUACCUAUAAGCAUAAUAUGACAUUAA